UAUAAAAUCUCAUCUCAGUUAGUCUUGAACUAGAUUUUUCACAGUGAAUAAGUGACUUUUCCUCUCUGCAUUUUCCCCCGUUCGUCAUGAAUCUCAAUGUGUUGCACUGGAGUUAUCGCGACUUGAAGGUAUUUCCGACUGAAGUGCAAACUGCCAGUGAACGCUUGGAAGAAAUAUACCUGAAGGAGAACUUUAUUGAGUGCUUACCACUGUGGUUGUUUCAGAUGACCAAUCUGAAAUUUAUUCACCUCACUGGCAAUCUCAUCGAUGAGAUCCCAGCGGACAUUCAAUAUCUCGUCAAUCUAGAGUUCCUCGAUGUGUCCAGGAAUCGCCUGAGAGAGUUGCCAGCCGAAAUUGGCGCACUUUUGAAGCUAAAGUGUCUCAAUGUGAGUGAAAAUGAGAUCGCAACACUUCCCAGACAAGUUGGCUUUCUCAAGAGCCUAGAAGCGCUCGAUGUGAGCAAGAAUCUCUUGACAAUCGUGCCAAAUGAACUGGGAAAUUGCACGAAUUUGUUGGAAAUCAACUUCCGCGGAAAUCACCUGCUGACAGAAAUUCCACCGAGAAUUUAUGAUCUCUGCAAGCUCAUCUACUUCGAUAUAAACAAUUGCGCUCUGUCUUAUCUGCCCUACGUCGUUGGCCCGAGAUUAGUUCACGUGAGGGCGUUCGAUAACCAGAAGCUCACUCACAUUCCAAUCGUCUAUGAGAAGUUUCUUCAACCAUGGAUGGAACCAUUGCCAAUUUACUGCCCUUUACUUAACAUCCAGAAAGACAACUUAGUUAAGCUGUUUUCACCUGAAGACAAUCGCUGGUUUAAUCUGCCUCGCGGUGUUUUUGACGUCCACAAGAGAUCUACCCGUAUUCCAUUCAGUCUCUUUGAGUUGUGCAUCAGGAAGAUCUACACGAACUUUUGGGGACCAAUUCUCGAUUGUCUCCUUGCCGAAUUUGUGCCCAGAAUUAUUCUGCACUACAUCAAGAUGGGCCCCAUCGGACACUGUGGCAAUGGCUUCUGUUCCAGUCCCAUCUUCAAGGAGUGCCACUUUGUUCUCCUCAAAAAACUUCAAAAUCCAAGUGGAGUAGUGUUCAGCGCGAUCUUCUGCUCCAAGGACUGCGCAGACUUCUGGAUGAGCAAAUUCAGGAAUAUGUAUCGCGAAAUCAAUUGGGAGGUUUACUGA